UGGGGAAGAACAAAAAUGGCGACGUCUUCUUUCUCACGACGGAGCGGAGGGCAGGAGGACGCCAGCAGUUGUCGUCACGUCCGGCGGAAGGGGUGUGCUGAGGCCGGCCGGAGGAUCAAUGAUGGCGUCCUUCAUGGCAGCAGAGCCUGCCGGAGGAUCAAAGAUGGCCGCCACCCCAUGGCUUUGAGGGGAAGGCGCGCUCGCGUCGUACGAGUGCAACCGAUGGUAGAAUCAAAGAUGGCGACCGCCCAUGCGGACACAGCGAAUGCGGGCGUGGGUCGUGGACGUCAUAACGCGGCGACGGCAGAGAUCAUCAAAGAUGGCGCUACUGCUGAGGUCAGUGAGAACAUGGGGUCUUGGGCGUCAGUGUUUACGGCCUUCACUCGCUCCUGUGUUCAGCAAACGCUGGGCGUUACCCAUGGCAACCAGCGCGAAGCAGGAGAUGGCUCGAUUCUGGGAAAAGAACGAACGACUGAAUCGACCUGUAUCACCCCAUCUCUCCAUCUACGGGUGGUCGAUGCCAAUGGCGAUGUCGGUGAUGCACCGUGGCACAGGCGCAGCUCUGAGUGCAGGUGGGAACCGGCUCGGGGCCGUGUAAAUGCCCUCCCCCCGCCCCCCGGGGCCGUGUAA